AUGGCCCUUUCAAGUGACACUCCCGCGAUGGUCUUUUACGACAUCGCAUUCCGGCCCCCGUAUGAAUCAACACCCGCAGCUCCAAACCCAUGGAAAGCCCGCUAUGCCCUCAACCUGAAGGGUGUGCCGUACAAGACACAAUGGGUUCAAAUGCCCGAUAUCGCUAAUGUGCGCCAAAAAGUCGGCGCACCCGCCUGCCGCAAAUUCGCCGACGGAACCGACUACUACACACUCCCCAUGCUCACAGAUUCAACAACAAACUCCGUACUCGGGGACUCAUUCGAUAUUGCCCUAUAUCUUCAGAAGCAAUAUCCCGAGUCCGGAACCGGGGAUUUAUUCCCGACCCAAAAGCUUGAUUUCAAGUAUGAACACGACACAGCUUUUCUGGUACCACUCUCUGAGCGGGAGGAAGGUGACCAUGGCGAAUACGUUCGAUUCAACAGAAGCGUUGACUCGGUAUUUACGGCGCAUGUCAUGCUCAUGGCUCCUGGAAUGCAAUUUGAUCCUGCGUAUGCUGAGGAGAUUCACGCCAUGUUCGCGAAGCGGGCUGGUGUGGAGAAAUUGGAACCCAUUGUGUUUGGGGCGGAGGACAGGGCAAAGAUGAUGGUCUCGCUUCGGGAUUCGUUGGCUGGCUUGGUGAAAGUCUUGAACCGGAAUGAGACAGGGCCGUUUAUCCUAGGUCAUCAGGCUACGUAUGCGGAUUGUAUUGUGGGAGGGUGGUUGCGGAUGAUGAAAAUGACUUUGCCCGCAUCGGAGUGGGAGGAAGUAAUGGGUUGGUAUGAUGGAGCUCUUGGGAGGUUUUACCUGGGGCUGGAACAGUUCGCCGAGGUGAAAUGA